UCUUAUGCUAAUCUAUUUUGCAGGUCAGGUUGUGCCGGGACAAAAUAUCUGGUAAUAUAUAUGCAAUGAAAAAGUUGAAGAAGUCUGAAAUGCUAAGUAGGGGGCAGGUUGAACAUGUUCGGGCCGAAAGGAAUUUGCUUGCUGAAGUAGCAAGCCACUUUAUUGUAAAACUUUAUUAUUCUUUCCAAGAUGCUGACUACUUGUAUCUAGUAAUGGAAUAUCUGCCCGGUGGUGAUUUGAUGACAUUGCUGAUGAGGGAGGAGACAUUAACUGAGACAGUCGCAAGAUUUUACAUUGCUCAAAGUGUUUUAGCCAUAGAGUCUAUUCAUAAGCAUAACUACAUACACAGGGAUAUUAAACCUGACAAUCUUCUUUUGGACAAAAAUGGCCACAUGAGGUUAUCUGAUUUUGGUCUAUGCAAGCCGCUUGACUGUUCGAAUUUAUCUCCUAUAAAUGAAAAUGAAGUGAUGGAUGAUGAGAACGCACGGGGAUCUGCUAACAAGGGAACUGGAAGCUGUUGGAAUAGCUCCCUUGAACAACUGCAGCAUUGGCAGAUAAACAGGAGAAAAUUAGCAUUUUCAACAGUGGGCACUCCUGACUAUAUUGCUCCUGAGGUUUUACUGAAGAAAGGCUAUGGAGUGGAAUGUGAUUGGUGGUCACUUGGUGCCAUCAUGUAUGAGAUGCUCGUUGGUUAUCCCCCUUUUUACUCUGAAGAUCCAAUAACAACAUGUAGAAAGAUUGUUCAUUGGAGAAAUCACUUAAAGUUCCCAGAGGAAACAAGAUUGAGUCCUGAAGCCAAAGACCUGAUCUGUAGAUUGCUUUGUGAUGCUGAAAAUCGCCUUGGUUGUCGAGGAGCAGAGCAAAUAAAGGCUCACCCCUGGUUCAAAGAUAUAAAAUGGGAUAAACUUUAUGACAUGGAGGCAGCUUAUAAGCCAGAAGUCAAUGAUGAUCUUGACACUCAAAAUUUCAUGAAGUUUGAUGAGGCAAAUCAGCCACCAGCAAAAAAUAGUUCAGGACCCCAUAGAAAGAAGCGUCUGAUUCCCGAAGAUUUAAGUUUUGUUGGCUAUACCUACAAGAAUUUUGAGGCUGUCAAAGGAUUAAGACAUUCUUCAGGUAUGGUGACGUCGAUAUCCUCUCAGACGAUAAUAGUUCUGUCAUCUUUUUUUCGAAGAGAGCUCAUGUUGCAUGCUCUAUCAUCUAUUAAGUCACUGCUAAUACUUAUGUAUGUCGUGGCCUGUAUGAGUGCUCGAAUGAGUUCUGAACUUCUAUAUCAUUUAGACAGCAGGACCUACUAUUUGACUGGUAAUAAUGCUCACUUGUGUUGAUGUAUAAUGACCUACAAUUUAUAAUGCUCACUUGUGUUGAUGUAUGUCUUAAUGCUCUCAUUGGACUUAAGUUACAAGUAGGUAUAUGACAUGAAUAAAGCAUUUCCUGAGUUAUGGCAUCAGUUAGAAUUUUGUGUAGCAUCUUUAAUUUCUUAGAUGAUUGGUCAUGCACUCAACUUGACAUUUUAUCAACUUCCUG